AUUUACAGAGGGAAAAAACAGUCGACCCCCUCCCCUUUUUUGUUUCUUUUCUAUCCAUCCACCGAUCGAUCUGUCUCAAUAACCAUCCAUACUGUCGUUCGUCCGUUUGUCCAUCUCCUUCUCCCCUUGAGGGCUGCUGGAUGAGGAGAGAGGAGGCCCUCUCCAGUGUGUGUAUGAAAGCGAGAGCGCGAGAGAAAGGGGAUAGAGAGAGAGCGAGAAAGAGAGAGAGAGAGAGAGAUAGUGAGCGAGAGGGCGCUCUUCCAGGACAUUUGGGCUCAUCGGUGCGGACCUAAGACUGUUCGGGGUGGGGAUGGUGAUGGAGUUUUUUUCUCGGCACCUCCUCGAAUGGCCGAACCUAGAUCAUGAAAGGGUGUGAGGAGCCGAAGAACAGCCUUGUCUUUGACGACGCCGUCCCUUUCCCCCCGCUUCAGGAUGGAUGGCCGCUGCAGGUGAGGGAUUGAAGAAGAAGACAAUGUGGUCGCAACGAAGAGGAUAAGAGGAUGUUUCGGCAAUCGUUUGAUGAAGAAGAACAAAAAAGACUUUCAUGUACAAUAAUGAAGGCGACGCUCCUAAGGAAAACGGUAUCUUUCCCCUAAUUUUUUUUUUUUAUCUCUAAUUGGGAUUAGGCGAUCUGAAUUGAGACUCGAGAUUAACAAAUGUUACAUUUUUUUCUGGUGACAAGGCUUGUCAGAGCGCACCUGUAAAGCAGCUUUAGGGAAACGGGAGCCACAUUAUUGCCACACGCUGUAUCAAACAUUGCGGAUGUUCCAAAAAUAAAUAAAUAAAUAAAUAAAUAUGCCUGGCUCUCCCUCUUUUUUUUUUCCAAUGCCUUUUUUAAUAUCUAGAAAAUGAGAGAACGACUGUGAAUUAAAAAACAACAACAACAACAAUCUUUUUAUACAUUGGAGCCUACAUUUUACGAUUUUUAUUCCCAAAUUCUAAUUUAAGAGUGAACAAAUGAAGCGUCCAGAAAGGGAGAGGAAAGGUGCGGGAACAUCUGGUGCGCUCUGAUCCAAGACCCAUACAGAAGAACAUGAAACAUUCAUGUUUAACUCGACACUCUCCCCAUGAGCUCAUGUUUGGAGGCAAAUCCUACUUUUUAUGGACAUAAAAUUGGACUAAGACUGAGACGCCCCACAGCACUGCCAUACAGUGCAACCAGUCAGCCAGCCGACCACACAGCUAAUUUCCUCACACCCACAGUUGGCCGUUGGCAGAGGCAUACAGAAGAAGGAGACGCCGCAGGUUUACACCGUCGUCCUCGUCUGCUGAACCCCGGUGGUGCGGGAGUUGAUCGGCAAGCUCGCAAGGCAACCCCCGUUGUGCAUAUGAGACGUUCGGAUCCAGAUGAGAUGUAAUGUGGUGUGGCCACACAGCUGAGCAUUGGUCUCCUUAUCCGCUGUUUCGUGAAGAUUGGCGUCCAAGAUCGGUGUCCACUGAAUGGCGCGGUUCGAAAAUGAGAUGCCAUCCAGGUACGGUGGGGGCCCCGGUGGAGGAGGGGGCCCCGGGGGCCGUGGCGGCAGCAGGCAAGGUGGGCCUCACGGACAUGGCCACGGCCACGGGCACGGCCACGGCCAUGGAGCACCUGGAGGACCCGGGGCCCAGAGAAUGUACAAGCAGUCUAUGGCGCAGAGAGCCCGCACAAUGGCCCUCUAUAACCCCAUCCCUGUGCGCCAGAACUGCUUCACAGUCAAUCGCUCGCUGUUCAUUUUCAGCGAGGAUAACUUCGUGAGAAAAUACGCCAAAAAGAUCACCGAAUGGCCUCCAUUUGAGUGGAUGAUUCUAGCUACCAUCAUUGCCAACUGCAUUGUCCUAGCUCUGGAACAACAUUUGCCUGACGGAGACAAGACACCGCUGUCUGAACGGCUGGACGAUACAGAGCCGUACUUUAUAGGAAUCUUCUGCUUUGAGUCUGGAAUAAAGAUCCUGGCGCUUGGUUUUGCCUUCCACAAGAACUCCUACCUGAGAAAUGGAUGGAACGUCAUGGACUUUGUGGUGGUCCUAACCGGGAUCCUGUCCACUGUGGGCUCAGAUUUCGACUUGCGAACCCUUCGGGCUGUGAGGGUAUUGAGGCCUCUCAAACUGGUGUCUGGUAUACCCAGCUUACAGGUGGUGCUGAAAUCCAUCAUGAAGGCCAUGAUUCCCCUGCUGCAAAUUGGCCUAUUGCUUUUCUUUGCCAUCCUCAUGUUUGCCAUCAUUGGUCUGGAGUUCUACAUAGGGAAAUUCCACAAAACCUGCUUCGACAAUACUACAGAUACAGAUGAGAUCCGGGAAGAGUUUCCAUGUGGAAAUGAACCUCCAUCCCGGCUGUGUCCAGAGGGCACCGUUUGUAGGGGGUACUGGUUGGGACCAAACUAUGGCAUUACCCAGUUUGACAACAUCCUGUUUGCUAUCCUCACCGUCUUCCAGUGCAUCACCAUGGAGGGCUGGACAGACCUGCUCUACUAUAGCAACGACGCCUCAGGGAGCGCAUGGAACUGGAUGUACUUCAUCCCUCUUAUCAUCAUUGGCUCCUUCUUCAUGCUCAACCUGGUGCUUGGAGUGUUGUCAGGGGAGUUUGCCAAAGAGAGAGAGCGUGUGGAGAACAGGAGAGAGUUCCUGAAGCUCAGAAGACAGCAGCAGAUUGAAAGGGAACUCAAUGGAUACCUGGAGUGGAUCUGCAAGGCUGAAGAGGUCAUCUUGGCAGAUGAUGAGAAUGAAAAUGAUUAUGAUGGUUCCCGUAGAAGAGCUACAAAGAACCACAAGAGCAAAGCGGAGCUCCUCAAUCCAGAGGAGGUAGAGGGAGAUCUGGCAUUGGGCUCGCCAUUUGCUCGUGCCAGCCUGAAAAGCUCAAAACUUGAGGGUUCAUUGUUCAAGAGGCGGGAGCGGCGAUUCCGUUUUUUUGUCCGACGUGUCGUCAAGUCCCAGGCAUUUUACUGGACCGUGCUGUGUUUGGUGGGCCUCAACACACUGUGUGUGGCUGUAGUGCACUACGACCAGCCGGAACCACUUUCAGAUUUUCUAUUUUAUGCUGAAUUCAUCUUCCUGGGGAUUUUCCUGACUGAGAUGUGUGUUAAGUUGUAUGGCCUUGGAAGACAGGCCUACCUCAACUCAUCCUUCAACUGUUUUGACUGCAUUGUAAUAUGCGGUAGCAUAUUCGAAGUGUUGUGGUCAAUCAUCCAACCGGGCACAUCAUUUGGCAUCAGCGUGCUACGGGCUCUCAGGUUAUUAAGAAUCUUCAAAGUCACCAAGUACUGGGCAUCAUUGCGCAACCUUGUCGUCUCGCUGCUCAAUUCCAUGAAGUCCAUAAUCAGCUUGCUCUUCCUGCUCUUCCUCUUCAUAGUUGUCUUUGCCCUUCUGGGCAUGCAGCUCUUCGGAGGACAGUUUAAUUUUGAAAGCGGCACCCCUCCGACCAAUUUUGAUACCUUCCCUGCAGCAAUAAUGACGGUGUUUCAGAUCCUUACUGGUGAGGACUGGAACAUGGUGAUGUACGACGGCAUUCAGUCUCAGGGUGGAGUUAACAAAGGGAUGGCCUUCUCGGUGUUCUUCAUUGUGCUCACUCUUUUUGGCAAUUACACAUUACUAAAUGUGUUCUUGGCCAUCGCUGUGGACAAUUUAGCCAAUGCACAGGAAUUGACAAAGGAUGAGCAGGAAGAAGAGGAAGCUGCUAGUCAGAAGAUUGCCCUGCAGAAAGCCAAGGAGGUGGCUGAAGUCAGCCCACUGUCGGCUGCCAACCUCUCCAUUGCAGCCAACAAAGUACACAGUGAGUGUCACAACGCAUCCGACCCCUUUCUGGACUGUAAGGAACAGCAGAAGAACAACAAUAAGGGUAUCAAUAAAUCAGUGUGGGAACAGCGAACCAAAGAGCUGAGGAAGCACACGCUGGCAUCCAGCCGCGAGGCCCUCUAUAAUGAGCUGGACCCUGAUGACCGCUGGAAGGCAAGGACAGGGAGGGAAGAACACAACGAUGUCAACUUUUCACGUCAAAUCCGCCCUGACAUGAAAACUCACCUGGAUCGACCGUUAGUAGUUGAUCCCCGGGAGAACCGAAACAACAACACCAACAAGACCACUGCCAACAAUUCGGACCUUUGUGUUGCCCAGCACCAUUCUUCUGAUGAGCUCCACAAACAAACACAGCUACAAGACCAACACAGUCAAGUGGGAGUAGGAGGUGGAGGUGGUUCAGGUCAGCCCAAGGCUCCCCUGGAUCGAGGGGAGUCCACUGAGAGUAGGCGGAGUCGCAAAGGUGAACAUCAUCACAAGUCUCAUGUCCGGUUGGAUACUACAGUCAUUCCAGGUCCAGGCUCAGAAGAGAGGCCACCCAGACGCCAUCACCACAACAGGAGUGGAAGUCGAGGGGGAGGGCAAUCGGAGCACAAAAGGACCAGGUCGCAUCGAAAAAAUGCCGAAGAUGGAGAGGAUGGUCGAGGAGGAGCUGGAAAAUCAGGGAGGCAUAAGAGUAAGGGGGUGAAUGGAAGUGGGGAAGGAGGAGACCACGAAGGAGCCAGUGAAGGCGGUGAGAGGAGGCCGAGAAGGAGUCGACAUGGCAAUCAAACAGACAGCGAUGGGAGGAGGAUAUGCCAGCACAGAAAGAGGGAAUGCAGUGUCCCAAACCUUUCUACUACUCGUCCCAUCCAAAAGAGCCUCUCCAGGCAGAAUAGUCAGUACAGUGAAGAUAUGGACAACUUAAUGAAUACCAAACUGGUCUCUGGCUCUUCUCCUCCUGGCCAUGGUCACCCUAAUCCAAUUGCCAACUACACAGUGGCCCCUAGCUUUGGAUCUGCCCUCCACCUUGCUAACAGUGGCACUCACGGAAGUUUGGUCACAUUGAAUAGCUACGGGAACAUUGGCCAUCAUCGGACGCACAGUGUGAUCAGACUGCCUCACCCUGACUACACAGCAGUGGACAUGCCAAUCUUUCCAUCUAUUAAUGCCAUUUUGCAAGUCAAUAAAAAUGCAAACACUGAGCCACUGCCGGCCAAGGAGGAUAAGGACGAUGAUGAUGAUAAGGGUGGUGAAGGAGGACCCAGGCCCAUGCCUCCGUAUAGCUCCAUGUUCAUCUUGUCCACUACUAACCCCUUUCGGCGGGCGUGCCACUACAUUUGUACCCUGCGCUAUUUUGAGAUGUGCAUCUUGUUGGUCAUUGCUAUGAGCAGCAUCGCCUUGGCUGCUGAGGAUCCUGUCUGGCCCGAAUCACCUCGAAACAAUGUACUUCGCUAUUUUGACUAUGUUUUUACUGGAGUUUUCACGUUUGAGAUGCUGAUAAAGAUGGUGGAUCUGGGGUUGGUCUUGCACCAGGGCUCUUAUUUUCGGGACUUGUGGAACAUCCUUGACUUUAUAGUGGUUAGUGGUGCUCUGGUGGCCUUCGCCUUCACCGGCGGCGGGGGGAGCAGUAAAGGAAAAGACAUCAGCACUAUCAAAUCUCUGAGGGUUCUGCGAGUGUUGCGUCCUUUGAAGACUAUUAAACGGCUUCCCAAGCUAAAGGCUGUGUUUGACUGUGUGGUGAACUCUUUAAAGAAUGUCCUGAACAUCCUGAUUGUCUACCUACUCUUCAUGUUCAUCUUUGCUGUGGUGGCAGUGCAGCUUUUCAAAGGACGUUUCUUUUACUGCACCGAUGAAUCCAAAGAGUUUGAGCGCGAUUGCAGAGGCGAAUAUCUGGUGUAUGAACGUGAUAACGAAGUGAGGGCGCAGAAGCGGGAGUGGAAGAAAUACGAUUUCCACUAUGACAAUGUGGCUUGGGCCCUCCUCACCCUCUUCACUGUUUCCACCGGAGAGGGGUGGCCGCAGGUGCUGAAACAUUCAGUAGAUGCGACCUAUGAGAAUCAGGGCCCGAGCCCAGGGUAUCGGAUGGAAAUGUCCAUCUUUUACGUGGUGUACUUCGUGGUCUUCCCCUUCUUCUUCGUCAACAUUUUCGUUGCUCUCAUUAUCAUCACCUUCCAAGAACAAGGAGAUAAAAUGAUGGAGGAAUAUAGUCUAGAAAAGAAUGAGAGAGCUUGUAUAGAUUUUGCCAUUAACGCCAGGCCUCUGACACGUCACAUGCCUCAGAAUAAGCUCAGCUUUCAGUACAAAAUGUGGGAGUUUGUCGUGUCGCCGCCAUUUGAAUAUACAAUCAUGGCCAUGAUUGCGCUCAACACCGUGGUGCUAAUGAUGAAGUAUGAUGGAGCUUCUGAUACCUACGAAGCAGUUUUAGCCAACCUCAACAUUGUGUUUACAUCGCUCUUCUCCUUGGAAUGUGUCCUCAAGAUCAUUGCCUUUGGAGCUCUGAACUAUUUCAAAGACGCCUGGAAUAUUUUUGACUGUGUGACCGUUCUGGGCAGCAUCACUGACAUCCUGGUUACAGAGCUUGGGAUGGAUAAUUUCAUCAACUUAAGUUUCCUAAGGCUGUUCAGAGCAGCUCGUCUCAUCAAGCUUCUGAGGCAGGGAGAAACCAUUCGUAUCCUGCUCUGGACCUUUGUUCAGUCUUUCAAGGCGCUCCCUUAUGUCUGCCUUCUCAUUGCUAUGCUGUUUUUCAUCUACGCCAUAAUCGGGAUGCAGCUGUUUGGGAAUAUUGCUAUAGAAGAAGAUGGAGAGAGUGCCAUCAACGAACACAACAACUUCAGGACCUUUGUGCAGGCUUUGAUGCUACUCUUUAGGAGUGCAACGGGCGAGGCGUGGCAUGAGAUCAUGCUGGCUUGCCUGGGGGGUAACGAGUGCGAUCCCCUGUCAGGAAACACAGGACCAGAGUGUGGCAGCCAGGUGGCCUACCUUUACUUUGUCUCCUUCAUCUUCUUCUGUUCGUUCUUGAUGCUGAAUCUGUUUGUAGCCGUCAUCAUGGACAACUUUGAGUACCUGACCAGAGAUUCUUCCAUCCUGGGGCCUCACCACCUCGAUGAGUAUGUAAGGAUAUGGGCCGAGUAUGAUCCUGCUGCCUGUGGCAGGAUCAGUUGCAGGGAAAUGUAUGACAUGCUGAGACACAUGAGUCCUCCGCUGGGCCUAGGGAAGAGGUGUCCAGCACGGGUGGCCUACAAGAGAUUACUUCGUAUGGAUCUGCCUGUGGGCGACGACAACACGGUCCACUUCAACUCCACUCUCAUGGCCUUGAUCCGCACAGCUCUGGAUAUCAAGAUCGCGAAGGGUGGCAUUGACAAGCAUCAGAUGGACGCGGAGCUGAGGAAAGAAAUGAUGGCGAUAUGGCCCAACCUCUCCCAGAAAACCUUGGAUUUGCUGGUCACACCACACAAGGCAGCAACAGAUCUGACGGUGGGGAAAAUCUACGCGGCCAUGAUGAUCAUGGAGUACUAUCGGCAGAGCAAGAUCAAACGAUCCCAGGCCCUUCGUGAUGAACAGAACCGAACGCCAUUACUGUUUCAGCGCGUGGAGCCACCUACCCCCUCCCAGGACGGGGGACCGGGACUGAACAAUGCCUUGCCACCGCCUGAGACAACGGAUACUGGCAACAGCUUGCCAGUGGAGGGCGGCAUCCCAGAGAGCCAGUCGUGGGUGACGGCCCGUGCCAAGGAGAUGUCCCAGAAAGUUGGCAGCUGGAGCCCUGAGGGGCAUUCUGAGGAUGGCCUGGGAAGCAUGAGCAACUCACAGACGGUAGAGAUGAGAGAGAUGGGGCAGGAUGGUAUCUCGGAUACUGAGCAAUUUCCACCAAUGGAAGGCCAUGGCAGGGCCGCUUCCAUGCCCCGCCUCCCAGGCGACAACCAACAGCGAAGGAAAGGGAAGCACCGUGGCAGUAACCUCAGUACCAUCAGUGACAACAGUCCAAUGAAACGGUCCGCCUCGUCUCUGGGCCACAGCAGGACUGGGCGAGGCCACAGAGACAAAGGAGAUGAUUACCACAUGGAGUGUUCAAUACCCGAGGAGGGGAGAGCUUCCAGACACGGACACCGCCGAAAGGAUCGCAGUCAUCGAGCGUCUGAGAGGUCCCUCUGUCGCUACAAUGAAGUCGACACAGACCUGAACACGACCACACAGUCAGGUGACCUUACAUCUAAGGACAAGGACCGGGACCGGGGUCGAUCCAAAGACCGUAAGCACCACCACCACCAUCACCACCACCACAGUUCCAUGGACAAGGAGCGCUACGUGCCAGAACGAGGAGGCGAGUAUGGACAUAGGCACUCCCGAGAAAGGGAGCUUGACCGGGACAGGGAAAGAGACCGGGAACGGCGCUGGUCGCGAUCCCCCAGCGAGGGCCGUGAGAGCGUCCCGCACAGACAGGGCAGUAGUUCAGUCAGCGGAAGUCCAGUUCCAUCGACCUCGGGAACCAGCACACCGCGGAGAGGUCGCCGACAGUUGCCUCAGACACCCGCCACACCCCGACCUCACGUCACGUACUCCCCUGUAGUCCGUAAGUCCAUGCCCACGCCGCCCGGGGGACCGCAGGGCAGACCCCCAGCCCCAGGCCCCCGCCACUUUUCUCCAGAGCCUCUCCAAGGGCAGGGUCCACCCCCGGCUGGAGUGCCAAUAGCCCACCACGGCACACCUCGCCAGAGCAAUCAUCCUCCGCUUCGCUGGGGAGACUCGGGUGGAGGAGGCGGUUCCAUGGAAGGGGACGGCUGCUUCUACAAUCAGGAGUACCAGGACUAUGAUCCGCACCAUGAACCACCUGCCUAUGAGCCAAGUCCCAUGCAGGGUGGAAACCCCCACCCCCAUGCCCUGGCCAACCACCCACUGCCUCCGCCCACACAACCACAGCCUCACAACCCCCAUCCUCUUCCUCCGCCACAACCUCACCCUGUUAACAACCCCCACCCGCAGCCAACGCGCACCUCGCCCAGGACUGUCUCCCACGCGAUCCCUCCCACCACUGCCCUGACUGGGCCUGUGCAGAACCAGGUUCAGCCCGCCGCCCAGCGCCGUUUACCGAACGGCUACCGAUCGUCAUCCCCUUCCACACACCUCCAUGGACCUCCGCACACUGGGCCUCACAAGGUUCCUCCUCCUGCGGGGCAUCCAAGAGGUCCCCGCAAGGGACUGCAUGAACCCUAUGGUGAGACGGAGGAAGAUGAUUGGUGCUAGCCCCCGGGGAACGGGGAGGGAUGUAUAAUCAACAGACUGGGGGGGAAAAAAAUGGAAAGCUCUUAGCCAGAGCAGUGACUGCCAAGGGAAACCACAACCUUUCUUUUUAGUCUGGUCAUUAUUUUUAGACAGCCCAGCUUCUUGGGGGGGGGCGACACAUGGAUGCUUCACUGGAUGAAAGGAUCGGUAUCAGCAUGAAACGGACAAAGUGAGGAUGCAAAGGCAAAAUCUGGAGAAACAAGAAGCAACGACUUUUGCGUUCUGCUUGCAGUGUUGUUCAUCUCUCGAUGCCAAAAGAGACAAAACACAGGUUCAAGUUUGUAACGACGGGAGGAGAAAUGAUGGACACUACUCGUUGUGUCUUAAUUUUAUGCCUCUGGCAAUGAGCUAUAGCCACUUACAAGAUGUCAAGAGUUGCGACUCGAUAAAAGACACUUUAAAGUCAGAGAAACAGGAACAAUCUUUUCCUUUUUUUUUAAAGCUCCCCCAGGCUAACUGUUGAGUUAGCUGUAAAAAAAAUAAAAAAAAUCAGAUCCAACCCUCCCAGCCACCAACUGAAUAUUGAUGAGUUUUAUCAUCUGUGUUUUUAAAUCUGACAAAGAGCCCUCUGCCUGUAAACGGUGAGAAGGCUAAGUGGGUGGGAGAGUUGGGAAGUCUUAGAGGGGUGUUAAAAAGUCUCUCUGAGAAUAAAAAAAAUACAAGCCAGAGGACGGGAUGGGUGUGUUGGCGAUAUUUAACACACUCCUCCUAGAGACAAAAAAAAACUUUAGCCGACCUCAUCCCAUGACCAGGGGAAAAAAAAAAAAUUGAGGAUGGAUUUAAACCACAACAAACAAACAACUGUUUUCUGCAGUAUUUCGUCUUCUACUCCUGCGGCUGCUUCUUCCUCUUCCUCCUUUUCUUCUUCUUCUUCUUCAGAACAUCGAAGCUUGAAUCUUCUGUUGCACCCCACGCAGCUUCGUUUUUGUUUUUUUUUAAGACUUGCCGGAGUUGUAACACAUUAUGGAAUCCUGCAUGAAUGCUACAAAAGAAUACUAAUGAUACAAACAAUGAGAAUCUACUGUCUUUUCUGGGGAGGAGAGCGGUUUCUCCUCCCUUUCCAUUGUGCUCUGUAGGGUUUCUCUCUUUUUUACUGAAAAAUGCUUUCUGUUUCUCUCUUUGUGCUCUGAAUGACAUUCCUCUCGCCGUACCUUCAUUUUCACUAACGAU